AUGUCGACAUGGGUGCAAGAUGUUGAAGAUAUCUCUCGCGAGACCAAAACGCCCGGUCUCACGGGGCGAGUGCACAUCAUCGGUCUCGGAAAUGCAGGAACAUUCAUUGCCCACUCGCUUGCGUCACGACAGUCACCACCUCCAAUUACCCUCCUUAUGCACCAAGCCUCAUUCUACCAUGCGUUUCGGCGGAAGAAGCGGAGCUUGGCUGUUAACUACAACGGCCUCGACGAUAACAGAACGGGCUUCGAUGUCGAAGUUUUGCAUGAUAAAGUGUGGCACAGGAUACCUUCAAAGGAGGAGCAACUCGAAGCCGACGAGAAUUCUGAUAUUCUCGAGGGUGAAGAGGCUGUGCCUGAGGAGGAAGGUCAUAUCGAAUGUUUGAUCGUCUGUUGCAAGUCAUAUAUGACCGAGAAAGUUAUCAGAGGGGUCCGCCACCGACUGAGCCCCGAUUCAACUAUACUUUUCAUUCAGAAUGGACUGGGCAUUAUCGAGAAGCUCAACAAAGAGAUAUUCCCGGAUGAGAAGAGUCGGCCGCACUAUAUGCAAGGCGUGCUCAGCCACGGUCUGAAGAAACAAGACUCUUACAGGGUUGGCCACGUGAACGUUGGGUCCUUAGUCCUCAGCCCAGUGGUCACUGGUCAAACCCCGCUUAUCGAAGCCGAGAAGGACACACACUGGGCUCCUACAACAAAGUACCUCCUCCGCCUUUUGACCCUCACGCCUUCGCUUGUCGCCACUGCCGACACGCCCGCUGGCCUUUUGCAAUACCAGCUGGAAAGACUGGCCGUUGGUUGCGUUCUCAGCUCUCUCGGUGCGAUUCACGAUUGCAAGAAUCGCGAACUUCUGUACAACUUUCCAGUCUCUCGCACCAUGCGACUGCUUCUCUUGGAGAUCUCUAGUGUGAUCUGCGCUCUUCCCGAGUUGCGUGGCAUCCCAGGAAUUGAGGAUCGGUUUUCGCCAGAGCGUCUGCGCAGACUGAUCCUCAACGUUGCCUCGAACCGCCCCGAAGACACUAGCUCUAUCCGCAACGAUUUACAUUACCAGCGAAACACGGAAAUUGAUUUCUUGAACGGAUGGAUUGUAAAGCGUGGCGAGGAGCUAGGCAUGAAAUGCGUGCUGAACUACAUGGUUCAGCAGCUGGUGCUGAGCAGGAUGUAUAUCAUCAAUCACAGGGAGGCCAGCGCAGUCCCGAUCGACCUUGACAAUGUCAUUCUCUCUGGUGACAAGGGAAAAUAUGCUUAA